UACAGCAGAAGAGAGGAAGGAGUACGUCAGAGAGGCAGAAUGGCGGAGGAAGGCUGAGAGUUGGGAGAGCAAAAAAUAAACAGUCUCCUGAACUACGGAUCAGCGAACGCUACAUUUGUAAUCUGAAAAGAAAUGGCCACCAACAGCUCGAAUGAAGCACAGGACUCUAGAGGAGGCAGUGGGAUCCGUGACGGGGAUGCAUCUGUGGAGAGUUAUGAUGUUCUGAGGCAUUUGUUGCCAGUCUCGGCUACAGUCACAUCCAGCCAAGAUGGCGAACAAGCUGGAUGUGAAGGACAGAAACUAUUGGGGGAGCAAGAGACUGCCGAGCGGCGCAGGAGCGGGAUGUCGGAGCUGAAGCACACUAGUUCCCCUUCGGCGUGUCAGAGAGCUUCAGAAGAGCAGCCACGGCGAAACUUUCAGAUUCCCAGGAAGAACAAAGAGAGGAAAGCUCUGUUUCAGUCUGUGCCUUUGGAGUCUCGGGAGUUUGAAGAUAUCCUGAAGAUCAUCACCUCUUGCUAUCUGGAAUCCUCUUCGGCAGGCGCCUUUUCAUACACCAAGGCCAGCCUGGUGCACAGCGAGCUGCUGGAAAAGGAGUUUGUUGAGAAGAGAAGGGAAAUGAAACAGGAAGGCAGGACAGACAAGGAGCUGGUGGAAUCCUAUGGUUUUCUGCUGGCAGACCGCUCAAAGCUCAACUUGAUCUGUGAAAAGGGGCUGUCAGUUGGGCACUCCAGGAUAACGACGCUUGCAAAGCCUUCGAUGGGCAUCUACCUGUCCAAGCACUCUGAUUUACUGCAGAUAAAUCCCUUUGAUGUUGGGGCCACUGGUGAUCUCAUUAUAUUUAAGGUUAUGAAGGGGAGAGUCAAGAGCAUAUAUGAAAACAUGUCUAAGAACGUGCUGGACCCCACGCCCAAGUUUGACUGCCAUGUGUCCAAGAAUGCCUCACGCGUGACCUCCCUGUUCUCUUACAGAGCGUUUGAGCUGACACAGCAAUACUUCUACGAGUACAGCUUUGAUGAAAUCCGCAAGCGGCCCAGGCAUGUCUGUCCCUAUGCUGUCGUGUCUUUUGUCUACAAAGAUAAGGAGGCAGCACCCAACCCAAAACCUAUGGCUCCUCUCAGAUCAAACAGCAACAGCUCCGAUGGAGGCAGAGACAAAAUGGCCUACACGGUGUGGAAUGGGCAACUGCUAAACCGCGGAAGACUGCUGUGUCAUGUCUGCCUGAAGUCUGCAACCCGGCCUUUCCUUCCCUUCAAACUACCAGAAAAACUUGACAUUGGUACAGUGAUGAGCCUGGAUCAGAUGAAACGAAAAGUCCCAGCUGCUCUUCUCUACAGGGACACGUAUACUGGAGUCCGGGAAGUGCAGAAGAAUGGCAUGUACUGUAGUCUGUUUGACAUGGUAGAGAAAAAUAAGACUGGGAACAGCUUAGCAAGCCUGCUUCACAAGCUCGAGAAGGAGAAAAUGGUGCUAGUGAAUCCCUUGUGUGACAAAGGCUUUUUAUUCUUGUUGUCCUCCUCUCAGAUGACCGUUCCCAAUGAAACGAAAGGAUGGCGAGUGAAGUGCCUCCAGGCACUCUUUCUGUUUCAGGAGUCUCGUAGUGUACUAAACUGCGCAGCCCCCAAAAAACAACCUUCUUAUCUGGACCCUCUCGCGAUGGAUAUGCAAAAGCCGGUCGUGCCACACUUGGACACCUUCAUCCCGGCACUCCACUUCGGCCUGAUGAAGAUGCGAGCCAACCCCACCGCCGCGCUGAGCCCCGGGGUGGAGCGCCACGCCCGGGACUACCUGCGCGGCCAGGCCGAGGGCCAGAGCAAGAUCCGCACCUUCGUCAUGUUCGAGUACGAGCAGAAGCUGGACGACCGCCGCUUCCUCUUCUCAGCGCCCAAGAAGAAGAACAACAUCGAGAGCUUCCUCCGCAACUACCUCUACAGCCCCGGCGCCUACCAGCUGGCCGUGGCCCGGGUGCAGGAAAUGGUGGAGGCCUACCGCCGGCCGCAGGAGUACAGCCCCGUGUCGGACUGGGAGGGCUCGGACAGCCAGAACGAGGUCGCCCACUCGGGCUCCCAGGCCAACGGCCCCCAGGUCACGGCUGACUAUGACCAGGGGAAGCUGGAAGAGCUCCUCCACCUCAUCCAGAUGCGCAAAAAGCACCUGGGCGAGGGAGGGAAGCUCGAGGGGGAGGAGCAGGAGCACGAGGAUGGGAGCUGGCACGAGGCCCGAGGGCUCAAGAGGAAAACGGAGGAGGAUGUGGAAACAGCCUGCAAGUAUCUGAGGACCAACUACAGCAACAAUGGAGUGGAUCGCAAAGGCGAGGGGGAGCGGUCUCCUGGUUUCCUGUCGUCUGUCGUUGACGGCAGAGCGGGGCGUGAUAUGGACGUGCGGACGCAGGAGAACCCCAGUCUGCCCAUGUCGGACACCCAGACUCUGCUCAAGCUACUGCUGGACUCCCUAACUGGUGCAGUGAACCCGGGCUCGAUUGCCCCCGGAGGCCCAGACCAGCCACCCGAGGAACUUGCUGGGAUCACGGGGCUGGAGCCACACGAGGUGCCUCCCUACGACAACAUGAGCAGACACAGCCUGUCCGGGAAGUGCGAUGUCAACCUGCGCCUGCAGCCUGGGGGUGAGAGUCCCGGCGAAGACGUCCAGAACAACUUCGCUGAGAUGGGGGGUAGCAUGAGCAGUCUGGAGGAGUUCAGCCCAUGUUCCAGCACCCAGCUGGAGCAGACACAACACUGGGAAACGGAGCCGGCUACUGAGGGCCAGAUGACAUGGAAACUCAUUCCCAUCACAGGAAUUAAGUCUCACACGGAGAGCCUGUCAUACCGCUUCAGUCAAGAUGACAAUCCCCAUGACCCCCGAUUCCUGCACAGGCCAAGGGAGGACCACGGUUCACCCCCAAAAAUGGCCCACGCCACCCCCCCUGCACCUCCUUUGGAAGAAAGCCAUGUUGAGUUUGAGGAAGAGAAAAACUGGGAAUCAGGUUCACCCGGUUUGUCCAAGCAGCACUCUCUGCCCAGGGAUGUGGAUAGCAUUCUCAGUGAAGAGCUCACUGGGUUCUCCACGGAAGUACAGGAUCUUCUGAGGCGGGAGAAUAUCUAUUACAGCUCCCGGCCGGCUGUUUCGAUCCCAGACCAGCUGUUGGGGUUUUCAAACUAUAUCUGUUCCUACACGUCACCGGUUCCCGUCCAAAGCUACGUGAGCACAUUGCGUGAGAAGAUGAGCGACUUGAUCGACUCUAAAACAGAUCAUGUUGGUCUUCCUCCUGCAUCUCCUACAAGACCGUUGAAGUUGUCACCUCAGCACCAUCCUCCUGAAAGUCUACCUCGACCCGGUGCAGUAAAGGAGAGGCAAUUAUCGCCUCUGGAUGCACAAGAAUGUUUCCGGAGGACUGAUCUGGAUAUAGCAGCCAUGCACGGAGACCCUUCCUCUGGAACUGCAACUGAGGAGCGAGAGACACUGACGGUGGACAGUAAAGACCAGGUGCCGCUGCUGGGUGAUGCUUCCUCCACUGAAGACCCCGCUGAAAGUGCAGUUCUGGGUCCAGCACCGUCGUCCAUUAACAACCUGAUAAGCCAGCUGAAACCGGAAGUGUUCAGCAGCUUGGUCAAAAUCAUCAAGGACGUGCAAAAGAAUACUGUGAAGUUCUAUAUCCACUCGGAGGGAGAAAGCGAGAUCUGCACUGAAAUAAAGGAGUACUUGAUGAGAUUAGGGAACUCGGAGUGUGAGCCGCAGAAAUUCCUGGAGAGCCAGAACAAUUUAGACAAGCUGUUGAUCAUCAUUCAGAACGAGGACAUUGCUACUCAUGUGCACAAGAUUCCUGCCCUGGUGUCUUUGAAGAAGCUGCAGUCCGUGAGUUUUGCAGGGGUGGACAGCCUGGACGAUGUGAAGAACCACACGUACAAUGAGCUGUUUGUGUCGGGGGGCUUCGUCGUGUCGGACGAGUUCGUUCUGAACCCGGACUUUAUCACUUACGAGAGGCUGGAGUGUUUCCUCAAAUUCCUGGAAGAGCAGAGCACUUCUGAAAGCAGCUGGCAAUGGAAGGUUCACUGCAAAACGCAGAAGAAACUGAAGGAGCUGGGCAGAUUGAAGCCUGAUGCCCUGAGCCUGCUCAACCUUCUAACAGCAUAUCAGAAGAAGCACCUUGUGGAGUUCUUGCCUUAUCAUGAAUGUGACUCCCCAUCCCGCCACGCCCCCGACUUGGACUGCCUGAUCAAACUGCAGGCCCACAACACGCAGCAUCGGCACAUCAUCUUCCUGACAGAGAGGAGGUUUGAGAUGUUUCCCCAUUACUCCAGCAACGGCAUAAUGAUUGCCAGCAUCGACGACUUCAUGACCAGUUUCCACAGCCUCAUCGGGUUCAGCUGCAGCGAGGAGAAGCAGCUGGCCCCAGAAGGCAGUUCUCAGGCACCCGGCAAAGUGGCGGCACCGUUGAAGGACACGUGUGUGCAGGAGGACGACAUGUCCCUGGACUCGGGCGACAACUCUCCCGUCAUCGAAGAGCCCCUGCAGCCCCGCCCGAAAGAUGGCCUGGAUAAGCGGCUCAGUGAGGUGGACCUCCCGCCCCUCCCCAAGAGCGAGGUGUUCCGGCCUCCCCUUCCGGAGCCGCCCGCCCUGCGGGAGUCCCCCUUCCCGCCCAAGACUCCGCAACAGCUGGACUUCGAGGUCUUGAAGUCGGCCAUCUCGCUCUUCAGGAGCUCGGGCCAGAAGAACCGGUGGCCGGAGGAGAAGCCGGCGGCGGACGUUGAACUGGAUGGGGACUCGUCGGCGUCAGGCGGGUGCGGCAGCUUCAGCGUGAACACCCAUCAGAGCUUUCUCAGCGCGGCCAUGCAGUCCGGGUUCUCGACUUCCCCCGCGUUCCCGGAGUCCCCAACCACUCGGGAGCUGGAGAACAAGACCACCUCCUCCGCUCUUCCUGUGAGCCCUCCCGGUGCUCCCCCAAGAAGUGCCAUCAGCCAGGCUGUGUGGCUUGUGCAAACACCCACCCUUGGUGCUCCUGUAACUCAGGCUAGUCAACCCCCUGCAGCACACAGAGACAGCAAGUCACCAUGUGGAAUCCCGGACAGGGGUAGCAUUCAUUCCAAUUUAGUGCCCCUCGGUAAUCCUGCUGGUGAGACCUCUGAACAUAAGGGAAGUGUUCAUGCUUUCUCCCCCUGGGCUGCUUAUUCUGCCUCCCAGACUGUGAACAGCAUGGGAGAUGCUUCACAGAUCUUGGAUACCUGCAGUCAGGCCCAUUCAAGCAGUGCAAACAGUGCCUCUGGGACUCCAAACAGUCAGAAUGAUGGAGGGUGCACCACUACAGCAAGCGAUCAAGGACAUGCAGUCAGCCCCGUCAGUGGAACCAGUGCAUCCGGGACGCCAAACAGUCAGGGAGGGGGUACUCCCAGUUCUGCUAGCUUCAGUAAUAAGGGAGAUGGGAAGACGUCCACUCCUGGCAGUGAGACCCCAAACAGCCAGGGCAGCCUCACUCCGGGACCUGCUGGGGAUCAGCUGAAAGGAAAGGCUACAAUCCCCAGUGGGACCGUACCUAGCAGGGCGGGCAGUAGUAAGGGUAGUGGCCCUGUUCCACCACAGGGGGGCGCAGAUUCCAGGGACCAAGCAAGAUCCAGCAGUCCCACUUCUGGGAUGUCGGACAGCCAAAAGAGGGGAAGCCGGGGGGGGUUCCGUGGGAGAGGGAACCCUAGCAAAGGUCACAGAGGCAGGGGCGCCCCCAAAUGGCAGCAGGGCACCCCUUACGGCUGGGGCUAUCAAAAGAGAGGAGGACACUACUCGCACUUCACGGAGGACUUCUGCCCCUGGGUGGGCAAUCGGAACCACCAAGGGGACAGGUAUUACCCUCCAAGAGACAGUUACAGCUCGCACCGGUCAAACAACUGGUGAGCAGAAUGUAAAUAGAUUGUCAGAGCGCUUUAACGGAACCCAUUUUUUUCUACAGAUGCGGACAUCAACAGUCCAUGUGGUGUAGCUGGAUGCUAGGCUUGCCAAGGCAAAAUCCCCUUCAAAUUCAAACCACUAUAUUUUGUAUUUGCCAAGAUGAUUUUGCUGCCUUGACGUCCAGCGUUUUUUUUUAAAUUUGUUAUCGUUUGUUGUAUUUGUUCAGACUUUUUGAAUGGUUCCCAAACAAACAGGGGAUAUCGGAGUUAAACUUGCAAGUUCCCCCUCUCCUCCCCAAGACCCCUUAGGCCUCCCCCUUCCUAAAAUCCUGUAUUCAAAGGGCGAUGACAGCCACUGGUUUUAAUGUUCAAAAGAUCUGUUUUUUUUAUAUUUAGGUUGGUCAAAACUUGUGGAUGUUUCUAUUAAACCCGCUUGUAUGAAAACGGAGAGUUCUGACUCUGAUGACUUAAUUACAGUGAUAAUUAGGGGUGAUUCUGCGAAUCAUCUUUGUGAGCAAAACCUGUAGAAAUGGAGUACGUAACACAGGUGAAGGAAUUGGGGACAUGCCUAAAGGUCAGCAGGACGCUCAGGGUGUUAUUGCCAUAACCUCAGUUACAAUUAACAUUGGGUUUGGGUUGUAAUGUUCAUAUAUUCCAGUUAAUAUAGAGGCUUUCUGUUCAAAACCCCCAUGUCUGCUAAUAGUGCUGUGAAACAUUAACAGAGGUAAACAGUGAAUUAUUUUAACUUCAAUUUUUAAGCCAAAAGAGCUUAAAGGAGUAGAAUGCAACACGAAUUGUUCUUCCCAUGUAUAAAUUUCAAUUAAAAUGUCAAUGACUGAACAUGGAGCCAUGAGCUACCUGUACACUGCUGAAGCAAA